AGAGAGCACCGUCGUGGAUCCGCCGGAGAGGCCGUAAACGACGACGUAACUUCUUCCAAUACCUCCGGCUUUGUUCUCCGAUCUCCAGAUUCCCGAAGACGAUUCCUCCAUCUCACUGAUUCACUCUCACGAACUCUUUCUUUACGGUUUGUGAUCCGCAAAUUUUCGCAAGGAAAUCGCCUUUAGAUCUCUCGUGGAAGGCUUCUGAACGCAACUUACGAAGCUGGAAUUGACGAAUUCAGUGCUCUCUGUUGCUUCAAUUCCCCGGUUUUAGAUUUUGAGGGCUUACAUAUAGCCAGUAGAACUUGUCGUUUUAUUGAAAGUGAUGGGGACUGAAAAUCCUGGUCGUCCGAAUUUUCCCAUGAGACCUUCUGCCACCCCUUUUGCUUCUGCUCCUCCACCUGUGACACCUUUCUCAACAUCUGGUCCUGUAGCAUCAGAGGGCACCAGCUUCAGGGCUACUCUGCCAACUGCUUCCCAGGUCACAACACCCUUCUCAUCAGCUGGGCCUGCAGUUGGACAAGGUGUCUCUGGCUUCAGGCACAGUCCUCCUACAAGGUUUAGUGAUCCAUCCGUGCCAUCUGCUCCCACAUCAUAUAUCCCACCUGCUGGAGCACCUUUCCAGCGGUUUCCAACACCACAGUUUCCCCCAACAGCACAAGCUGCCCCUGUCCGUGGACCACCAGUGGGGCAAGCACCUCUUCAACCCCCUGUAGCGCAAGUACCAUCCCCACCUGUUUCUUUCCGUCCACAAUCAUCCAUUCCUCCGGUAUCAAAGGGAUCUCCCUCACCUACUGUGAAUUUUCCGUCUGGUCUAUCUCAGUCAGAUUCAUCAUUUCCAGGAACUGGGCCUAACUUUCAGCCAUCUUUUCCUUCUGCCAGUUCAUCUUAUCCUGCUGCAAGGGCUACAUUGCAGCCACCUUUGCCUGGAUAUGUAACUAAGCAGCCUGCAGUUCCACAAGCUUCCCCAAUGCCAUUAGUUUUUCAUGCUCAACCAGGAAGUUAUAUGCCUCCACCAACACCUUCUCCCCCCUUUUCUGCUCAACAAGGAAAUUAUGUUCCUGCUCCACCAUUAGCAACCCCCCUGGGUCUCCAAUCAAGGGACCAAAUGCAAUACCCAGGUUCUAUGCCUCCUGUAGGUGGCAUCCAAAGUUUGAUGGAAGAUUUCAGCUCUCUUUCUCUUACCUCUAUGCCAGGGUCAAUUGGGCCAGGACUGGAUUCUACUGUGCUACCUAGGCCAUUGGAUGGUGAUGUGGAGCCAAAGUCCUUUGUUGAGACAUACCCUCUGAAUUGUAAUCCUAGAUUUCUACGGCUCACUACUACUGCCAUACCAAAUUCCCAGUCUUUGGUUUCAAGGUGGCAUUUGCCUCUUGGGGCAGUUGUUUGCCCCCUUGCAGAAGCUCCAGAAGGGGAGGAAGUGCCAAUAGUUAAUUUUGCUUCAAGUGGCAUUAUUCGUUGUAGAAGAUGCCGAACUUAUGUGAAUCCAUACAUCACAUUUACGGAUGCUGGAAGAAAGUGGAGAUGCAACAUAUGUUCAUUGCUUAAUGAUGUUCCUGGUGAUUAUUUCGUGCAUUUGGAUGCUGCUGGCCAAAGAAUUGAUUUGGAUCAGAGACCGGAGCUUACAAAGGGUAGUGUGGAAUUUGUUGCUCCAACUGAAUACAUGGUGCGGCCUCCAAUGCCCCCACUGUACUUUUUUCUUAUUGAUGUUUCAGUAUCAGCAGUGAGAAGUGGUAUGAUUGAGGUUGCAGCCCAGACUAUCAAGUCGUGUUUGGAUCAGCUGCCUGGUUUCCCUAGAACACAGAUUGGUUUUAUUACCUAUGACAGUACAAUACAUUUUUAUAAUAUGAAGUCAUCUCUGACACAGCCUCAAAUGAUGGUGGUUUCAGAUUUAGAUGAUAUAUUUGUCCCCUUGCCAGAUGAUCUUCUUGUAAACUUGUCUGAAUCAAGAACUGUUGUUGAAGCAUUCCUCGAUAGUUUGCCCUCCAUGUUUCAGGAUAAUUUGAAUGUGGAAUCUGCUUUUGGUCCAGCACUGAAAGCAGCAUUCAUGGUUAUGAAUCAACUUGGAGGAAAAUUGCUAAUUUUUCAGAACACUUUGCCAUCUCUUGGUGUUGGCCGUUUAAGGCUGCGCGGAGAUGAUCCUCGUGUAUAUGGGACAGAAAAAGAGCAUAUAUUGAGAUUGCCAGAAGAUCCCUUUUAUAAGCAAAUGGCUGCAGAUCUUACUAAGUACCAGAUAGGGGUUAACAUUUAUGCCUUCAGUGACAAAUACACUGAUAUAGCAUCCCUAGGAACCUUGGCGAAAUAUACUGGAGGUCAGGUAUAUUACUAUCCAAGUUUCAUGUCAGUUAUUCAUGGAGAGAAGUUUAGGCAUGAGUUAGCCAGAGAUCUCACAAGGGAAACUGCCUGGGAAGCUGUAAUGCGAAUAAGAUGUGGAAAAGGAAUUCGGUUUACAUCUUAUCAUGGCAACUUUAUGCUGAGGUCAACUGAUUUAUUAGCACUUCCAGCUGUAGAUUGUGAUAAAGCAUAUGCAAUGCAGUUAUCUCUUGAAGAGACACUGCUUACAACUCAGACUGUAUAUUUUCAAGUUGCUUUGCUGUAUCCUUUGGGUGGGGAUGUGAAUAAAAGAUACACUGCAUCUUGUGGAGAGCGGCGUAUCAGAGUACACACAUUAGCUGCUCCUGUGGUUGCAGAUCUGGGUGAGAUGUACCGCCAGGCUGACACUGCUGCCAUGGUUUCUUUGAUUUCUCGGUUAGCAAUUGAGAAAACUUUGGCCCAUAAGCUUGAAGAUGCAAGAAACUCUGUCCAACAAAGGAUUGUAAAAGCACUGAGAGAGUACCGCAAUCUCUAUGCUGUGCAGCAUCGCUUAGGAGCUAGGAUGAUUUAUCCUGAGUCUUUGAAGUUCUUGUCUUUAUAUGGAUUAUCACUUUGUAAAUCAAUACCUCUACGUGGAGGGUAUGCUGAUGCACAGCUUGAUGAACGCUGUGCAGCAGGUUUCACCAUGAUGGCUUUACCUAUUAAAAAGUUGUUGAAGCUUUUAUAUCCUACCUUGAUUCGUGUUGACGAGCAUCUUUUAAAGCCAUCAUCCCUACUUGAUUUUGAAAACAUUAUGAAGAGGUUACCACUGAUUGGAAAAAGCUUAGAUUCAAGAGGCCUUUAUAUAUAUGAUGAUGGUUUUCGCUUUGUCCUAUGGUUUGGUAGAAUGCUGUCACCUGAUAUAUCUAGGAAUUUACUUGGGGCAGACUUUGCUGCAGAAUUAUCAAAGGUUAUCCUUAUUGAGCAUGGUAAUGAAAUGUCAAGAAGGCUGAUGGGUAUAUUGAAGAAAUUACGAGAGGCUGACCCUUCUUAUUAUCAACUUUCUUAUCUUGUUAGACAAGGUGAACAGCCCCGAGAAGGGUUACUGCUUCUUGCAAAACUUGUUGAGGAUCAGAUUGGUGGUACCAGCAGUUAUAUGGACUGGAUUUUGCAAAUUCACCGGCAGGUCCAGCAAAAUGCAUGAUAUGCAGGGGGUUUAUCUAUGUCAAGUAAUGUACCAUCCUUUAAAGCAAGUCAAACAACAAACAAUCCAUACCAAGCUGCUGGAUCUCUGCAACGCCUCGGUGUUGAGUUUGAUAAAAUCGAUCACGGGGAAGAUUUCAGGCGACAGUUUUACUUGUUGAUUGCACGAUACAAUAAUUGGGGAAGAUACUGACUCAAUAGAGCACCGUGCUGCUGUUUUCCAAAACAUAAGAAAUUUUUGUAUGUGAGAAUAUGAUUAUUCUGAGCCAGUUCUGUGUCAUAGUCUCUAGCGUUUUUUUCUUUUUUUUUUGGGAAUAGAUAGUCUUUAGCGUUUUUUAAAACCUUGGGAAUCAUUAUGUUUAGAAAGGGGUGACCAAUUUUUUAAGAUAUUGCUCAGUGUGGAAUAUUUAUAUAAUUCUGAUUUUUAAGGUUUUCAAUUCGAGAUUUGGGAACGCUAACCAUCUUCUAAUAAAUUCUAUGCGUCAACAAAAAGGUUGUUAAAAU